AUGGCGAUUUCGAGAACAGAAGCCAAAGAUUUACCUUCAAAGGUGGCGACAUGCGGAUGCCCCAUGGUUGAGAAUAAAGCCAAGGGUUUGGUUAAGUAUCUUCCAAAAUUAUCACCAUUACUUGAAAAAGUUGGUGAUUCUGUUUUUUAUGUUCCAAUGAAAAAAACUAAAAAAAAAGGUUUGUCUGAUAAUGAAAUAAAUUUUCAUAAUUCUGGGAUUCAAGUGUUAUUACCCGAACAUUCUUGUGAUUUUGGAGUCCAAGUUUCGUUACCGAAUCCCGAAUAUAAAAGUCUUAUUAAAAAAAUUAAUGAAUUAGAAUGUUUAAAUCAACAAUUACUACUUGAGAAUAAUUUGUUAAAAAAAAAAUUAAAUAAUAAAUACGAUAACCAACAAGAGCGUGUUAAAGCCGUUGUAGAAAUUGCCAAACGAGAACGAAUUGCCUUGUAUGAUGAUGUCGUUAAAUUAAUAAAUAACC